AUGUCCAAGCCCUUAUACACCAUCCACCCAGAGGCGUACUAUAAAGUCUUCUUCCAUGCCGCGAAACAUCCACAUCAGCCGGUGAAUGGCGUGUUCCUGGGGACGCAGAAGGGGGAGAAGGGAGAGGUUAGCAUAUUGGACGCGGUGCCGCUUUUACAUCAUUGGACCAGUCUAAGCCCGAUGAUGGAGAUUGGAUUAGAUUUGGCUACACAACACGCCGAAACGUCGGGCAUGAAGGUGGUGGGAUACUACCAGGGGUGUGAGCGGAUAGACGACACGUCACUUGCGCCUGUUGGAGAGAAAGUUGCGAGCAGGAUCAGGACAGGGUUCGAGGAUGCAGUUGCCUUUGUGAUUGAUGGUCAAAAAAUUGGCAACGGUGAAGUUGCUUUGGUGCCGUAUCACCCAUUAGCUGCAACAACGACAUGGCGGCCUGUCUCAGGCGAGCCUUCGCCUUUCGCGCCGGGGUCAAAAUUCCAGCUGAGCGCGCCGAACCUACCAUCAGAAGCGGUCAAAUAUGUCCAAGACCAGAAUCUGCAUUUUGCGUUCGGUGACUUUGACGACCAUCUGGAGGAUGUGACGAUUGAUUGGUUGAGAAACCGUACGUGUUUACCAUAG